CAGAGAUUUGGACACAGUUUCUUCUCUGGUAUCGACUCGUGAGUAGCGAAUCGCCGUAGCUCCUCCGCCGCCUCAAACAACAAUGCCCGUAAAAUGGGUUCUGUAUUGGCAACCAAACCAAGGAACAACAGUAAGCACCCAGAUCCUCAACGAAGCAACCCAAUGCGUAGAAAGCAUCAACGGCGUCAAAGAAGGCCGUUGGAAAGCCACUCUCAACUACUACAAACCCAUGUUACGAGACCAGUCCAAUCACCCUGACCUCCCUCGCGAUUUCUUAGGGAUCUCGCUCGCUGAUCAGCCGAGUAAGUACUACUUCGUCAUCAGGUCGCAGAGGAUCGUUGUUGAAGCUGACGCGUCGAUUCAGUUGAUCAUGGAGAAGCUUCAGUCUUAUAAGUCGAAAGUGUCGCUUUACUUUGAUGGGUUUCAGUAUCAGCUUGGGGAUUUUCGGGUGAGGGUUGGGAGAGUUGUUCCUGUUCAUUCUGAGAGUGUCAGAGGCAUUGUUAUGGAGGUGGAGUAUCUUCCUAUUUCAUCAAUGGAGAAGUCGAGAAAAGUGAUGGAGGAGUUCGUAGAGAUAUGGCAUGAAGCGCUGUCUAAAAGGUCGUUGUCAGGAAAGUUUGUGAACAUAGAGCUCAACUUUGGGGAGUUUGGACUUGCAGAUACCUACACUCCACAGCACACUGGUGUUCAAUAUGCUAUCGUCAUGGCUCACAUGAUUGCAACGGUUCAACCUGCAAGAGGCUAAACUAAAACACAGCAUCCCGUUGUGAUGUUAGUGAUUUCCUAGUUCAGUUUUAUAAUAUAACGUUGAGAAUAUGUAUGUUUAGAAGAGUUAGAACUCAUUCUUCGCAUAUUUAAAAACAAAUCCAUGUUCUAGAAUCUUUAUCUUGUUAAGAUGAGUGAUAAAAGAUGGCCAACUUAGA